UGUUCAUCAGGGCUGCAAAGCUCCACUUUAAAUCCUAUUGCUUUGUUCAGUUGCACAUGAACAGAAAUGUUGAAAACACUAAAUGUUGAAGACAUUUCGGUUCCUUUUCCGAUUUGCGGAAUUAUUGUAUUAUUUUAUCACCAAGACCCUGGCAUAAUUCCAGGUGGAUGUUUGACUGCUAUGCUUGUGAGAUAUUAUUCAGAUUAACAUGCUUUAUCUGUCCCAGACAAGUUCUAAUUUAAAAAUAGUUUGUCUUUUUUAUCAUUAUCUUGAACCAAAAAUCAAAAUCAAUGCCUGAUUUUCAUUGCUUAAUUUUAAGUAAAUUUUUAUUAUUGUGAGCAUGGGGUAAUUGUCCUGUGGCAAGACCAAGUUUUAAUCAAAUGGCUAUUGAUUUGAGGUGAUAUUGAAACAUUUGGAGGUAGUCCUUCAUUUAAAUUUUUCCACCUAGACUGUGCAAUGCACAGUUGAAGGGUUGGUGCUUCCAUCACCAUGCUUGACAGUUGGUAAAGUAUUCUUAGGCAUAAAUGUCUAAAUAGACACAAGGAACCUUCAGAAUACAUCCAGUAAAUUUUGAAUUUGUGCACAUUGUUGAUAUUUUGAAGAAUGAAUCAACACAAAUUGUAUGUUGAAUAAUUGUUCCAUCCCAGAAAAACAGUUGUUCAAAUGCACCAUUAAAAGCCCACUGAGCAGAACUUUGCACAAGCUAAAGACAUGAACAACACAGUUUAUAUUAGAUUAGGAACAUUAUGCUAUCUGUGAAACAUGGGUUUGCUGUAUGAGGUCCAGGACAGAUUAUCAUUGAUGGAACCUGGAUGUACCGGUAUUUGGAUAAUGCUUAGAUAUCAACAAACAGCUAUAGAACUUGGACGAGUGCUGAAUGGUUAAGAGCAAAGACAAUUCUGCUCAAUAGUCAAGUCUAAGUACUGACCCGACUCCAAUUAGAAAGGUUAAGCGAGAGUCUGAGUUGAAGAGUAUACGAAUAACAUUAGUGUCUCAAAAAACACUUUAGCAUCCUGGAAAAAAGCUUCUCUGCACAUAGGAACUGGUAAAAAUGACAAGAUCUACUUCUUGUCAAUCUUCUGAUUGCCACUGUUUCUCCUUUCCUCUGGUACACCUCAAGUCUGCAGCUUCCUCCUGAUCUAAGCCCAAGGGGUGAUGCCAGCUGAGGUCACCAUGGUGACCUUUGCUGACACCAGGCAGGUCUCUCCAAUGGAGCUUCAUGAACCUCCAUGUCUGAGUGCCACGCUGUCUCCUGGGCUCAGGCGGAAAAAGAUGCUGUGGCAGAACGCAGUGAAACACAUCAUUACCCAACAAGAGCUCAGCUCUCAGGUGGGUAUGGAACCAGCUCGCAAAAUCUUUGUGACUGAUACCUACAUAGAUGAGAUCAACAAACAAAUCCGCAGCAAGGCCUCCCGUGGAGUCACAAAACGCCGCUCCUCCACAUUCAGAGUCCAUAGUCGAACCUCCACCAGCACGCAUGGCAGCAUCAGGGUUCCAACGCAGCACUACACCAGCGACGCUGACUUCUUCGUGCACUGGUGUAACACUGUUCACAGCGUUUACGUACCCAUGCUGGGGCACACCUUCAAAUCCCACGAUCUGGAGAAACUCUACCAGCAAUACUCCUCUCACCAGAGGAGGAACUCUCUAGCCAUCACCAAUGUAAUCGAUGCUGUGACUAAGCUCCACAUGUUGGUUUUGUAUCUGUCACUGGCCCCGGAUGCUGUUACGGAUCGUUUGCGUGGCUAUUUGACUGGCAUCUUCAUGGUGCUAGCUAUAGCUCUUUGCGUACUAGUAUUAACCUGCAAAGACUCCAUGUCCCCACAGUGGCUCCAUUAUGCUGGCUUUGCAAGUUGGCUGUCACAGACCACACAGAUCCUAGGGGGCCUGGCUUAUGGACUAGAAAAAGACCCAUCAUGGUAUAUUUUGUUCACACUGUUUGCAACAUACACACUGCUGCCAUUACCUCUGCUGUGGGCAAUGUGUGCUGGCUUCCUCACCCCAAUACUGCACAUUUUGAUGGAGAUAUGGUUCCACUACAAUGAUGCUUUGCUUUUGAAUAAGGUGUUUGCCAAAGGCCUGCUGUACAUGGGCAUGAACACAGCUGGCUUGUUCAUCCACUAUCUGACAGACCACGCCCAGCGACAGGUUUUUCUGGAGACGCGGCGCUGCAUUGAGGGUCGCCUCAAACUUGAGCAAGAGAACCAAAGACAGGAGCGACUGGUCCUGUCAAUCCUCCCUCGUUUUGUUGCUUUAGAAAUGAUCGCUGACAUGAGCUCCCUGGAGAACGAACUCAACCCCCACGAGUUUUAUAAGAUCUACAUCCACCAGUAUAAAGAUGUCAGCAUCCUUUUUGCAGACAUUAAGGGCUUCACCCAGUUGUCUAUAAACCUGUCAGCCCAGGAAAUGGUUCUAACCCUUAAUGAGCUCUUUGGACGCUUUGACCGACUAGCUGAGGAGCAUCACUGUUUGCGGAUAAAGAUACUGGGAGACUGUUACUAUUGUGUUUCGGGGGUACCGGAGCCGCAGCUUGCUCAUGCACGUUACUGCGUAGAAAUGGGCCUGGCUAUGAUCAGCACAAUACGACUCGUCCAGAAGCAGCUGAACAUUGACUUGGACAUGAGGAUCGGUAUCCAUUCCGGCUCCAUUCUCUGUGGGGUGCUGGGCUUGCAGAAAUGGCAGUUUGAUGUCUGGUCCUGGGAUGUGAGCAUCGCCAACAAACUGGAAGCAGGAGGAAUACCUGGACGUAUCCACAUCUCCAGGGCUACCCUGGAUUGCCUGGGAACUACAUACAAGACGGAAGACGGUCAUGGCCGUGACAGGAAUGAGUUUCUGCGAAAACACAACAUCGACACCUUCUUUAUUUGUCCUCAAGAAGGCAGGAAUCAAGACGGCCAUCCUGAGCCCAUAAAAGUCCAGAAGAGAAUUCGGACCUGGAAUCCAGAGAUCCCUUUUGGUCAUGCUAUCGAUAUGAACUGCAUUCUGGCCUCGUUCACCAACGGCUCUCUGCCCAGUUUAUGGCAGUGCACCUCCAGAGAGAUAAACAAACGGAUCAAACACGCUAUCGAGGUUCGAAGCAGUGAGCGCAUGCGCAAGGAGCACAUCACUGCUCUGACCCUGGUGUUCAAAGACACACACAUAGAGAACAAGUUCUCCCAGAUCAGAGAUGAAAUGUUUAACUCCAACAUGGUCUGCUCCUUCAUCGUGCUCCUCUUCCUCAUGGCUACCCAGGCCGUCAUCCCUACUCCCAGACUGUUCCCCGCUGUCCUCCAGUUUUUCCUCUUUCUUCUUGCCUACUGGCUACUGCUGCUGGUUGCCCUCGCCGAGGAGUUCAAGUGGACUCCAGUUGCUUUGCAGAAGUUCUGCUGCUGGAUCCACGAAAACAACAGUGCCCGAAACCUCCUCACUCUCACAGCCAUCAUCACCAACUUUAGCUUGGCUUCGACUGACUUGGUGUGGUGUGUCCUAACAGCUUCUGAAGAAGCUGACAUAAUGGAGAAGAAGAGCCCAGGCUCACAUUCAGUCUCCAUCUGCGUUUAUCCUGAGAUCUUCGUGCUGAGUGGCGUGGUCGCCAUGGUGACAUGUGCCGUGUUUCUGCGCUUGAACUCCCUGCUGAAGCUGGCGGUGCUGCUGAUGGUGGUGAUGGUGUACUCCUACCUCAUACACCUCGCCUUUGUCACGCUCACACGUAGCGACGUCCAGCACAGGUCCCACUAUAUCAGGAGAAAAUGGAUUUCCAUUCUUCUCAUGGCGACGUUUAUUGUAGCAGUCUUCUACAACGGGCGGCAGUGGGAGGCCACUGCCAGACUGGACUUCUUGUGGCGUCUGCAGGCUCAGCAGGAGGUGGAGGACAUGAGGGAGCUGCGAGAACACAACGAGUGUUUGUUGCACAACAUCCUGCCCUUGCAUGUCGCACAGCAUUUUCUGGAGCGCAGCAGACAUGAUGAGGACCUUUAUUCCCAGUCCUAUGAUGAAGUGGGUGUUAUGUUUGCUUCUGUUGCUGGGUUUAAUGAGUACUUUGAGCAAAAGGAGGUCAAACAUGAAGGAGUGGACUGUCUCCGACUGCUGAACGAGAUUAUAGCCGGCUUCGAUGAGCUAUUGGAGGAAUCUUAUUUCCACUACGUGGAGAAGAUCAAGACAAUUGGAAGCUGUUACAUGGCAGCAUCUGGUUUAGCUCCAAACAAACAGGGAUCAUUGAAUGAGUGGAAUCACUUGAGUGAGCUGGUUUUGUUUGCUUUGGCGAUGCAGGAGAUUUUAAGAGAGAUAAACAACCACUCUGCCCAAAGUUUUGAGCUGCGUGUGGGUAUUGCCCAUGGACCGGUGAUUGCAGGUGUGAUCGGUGCCAGCAAACCCCAGUAUGAUAUCUGGGGAUCGACAGUGAACUUGGCCAGUCGCAUGGACAGCACAGGUGUGAGCGGACGCAUCCAGGUUCCUGAGGCCACCCGCAAGAUCUUGGCAGAAUGGGGAUUCGUUCUUAAACUUCGAGGAGAGAUAUUUAUUAAGGGGGUAAGUGAAUGCCAGGGGAAAGUUCGUACAUAUUUCAUAAGCACCAUGCGCAGUAAGAGGGGCAGAGUUGGAGGAGAGAAGUGUUCAGGGGGCCGAGCGGGAGGUCGCAUGACCCUGGCCGGAGUGGUGCACGGCCUCGUCCAGGCCAGGCACAAGGAGAAGAUGAGAGAAGCCAAUGGGAACUUUGGUUUAACCCCCUGCAAACUGCACUGCUGAAUGCUGCAAGAAGUAAACCACAUGGUCUAAAAAUGGUGUUUCUCCUAGUUUACAGGAUAAAGUAAAAACUUGCCAAAAAAUCUUGUUCUGGUUUCUUCUGCGCUCCUCCGACUGGGAAAGUGCUUUGUGACUUCUUAAUCUAUGUGGGGAAGGUUCAGAAUGGUGUUUUCUGAACAUUGCUUUGAAAUUAACUUGAAGACAUCUUUUAUGCCAUUUUGUUUAGUUAAGGAAAAGCCAACGAUUCUUUGCUGGGACGAUAUUCUGGCUAGAUGACAGACUUUUGAACCAAAACACAGAAUACCUCAAUAAGACCAGCUCAAAUGGCCUAUUAAACUGUGAACAAAUGUUUUUACUUCAUUGUUGUUCACCUAUUUAGUACUGUUAACAGCUACAUUCUGUGUAUUCAUGUUAUUUCCUGUUUGGUUUCUCUCUUUUUUUGUCUUUGUAUGAAUUAAAAACUCAUGCAACUCUUCUCUUCUUGUAAAUCACAGUAAAAAGAAUGUAAUUUGUUUAAUUAACCAUAUAUUUUAUAUCAGAUCUGAUGCAGUAUGUGCUGGUUAUUUUGUGCUCUUAUUGUGCAGUCAUAAGUAAUAUACAGAUAUUUUUGUUUUUUUUAAACAGAAAAAAGUUUUAUUCAUUUUACAGACAUGCAUUGUAUUUUACAUUGCAUUGUAUUACCCUUUUUUUAUAACUU